AUGGUUCUCAUGAACGGAGACAAAUGUCCGUUUAUCAACGAUAAAACGUUUACAGCUAUAAAUGGUCCAGCAUUAUCGCCAAAUGGUGAUCACAACACAUCGCGUCAGAUACCGGAAACCAAGUCUAAACAACUUCGUAACUAUCAAUCGGGUCAAUCCAUUGAAGUGAGUUGCCCAGUGUCUGAUCCUAACUGGGAUUGCCGUCAUCAUGUAUGCACAUCAACGUUAAUGUCACUUGCCACACAUGCUCACGAGAAUAAAUCAUCUAAUGAACAUGCAACUGUCGAAUCGGAAUCAAUGUCACCCGACAAGAUUAGAAAGGAGGCAUACGAUUUUCUCUCGAUUUUUCAUACUGACAAAGGUACUUCAGACACAGAUUAUCAGAAUCGAUUACACGAAAUUGAUCGCGAGAUCCAACAAACCGGCACAUACACGCAAACGUUCGAUGAAAUCGAGUACGGCUGUCAACUGGCCUGGCGGAACGCAGCUCGCUGCAUUAAUCGAUUGUUUUGGCGUAAAUUGAAAGUCAUUGAUCGACGUCAUGUACAAACCCAUGAUGAAAUGUUCAAAGAAAUAUGUGAUCAUAUGCGUUUGGCGUUCAACAAAGGUACGUUGCAAGCCACGACUCUCGUCUUUGGAAGGGGAGCUCGUACAUGGUCAACUCAGUAUUUGCGUUAUGCUUGUUAUGAACAAGUUGAUGGGUCAUUGCUCGGCGACCCAGCGAAUCGAGAGCUAACUAAGGCAGCAAUGGAAAUUGGCUGGAACAAGCGAGAAAAAGAACGAACACAAUGGGAUGUGUUGCCGAUUAUUGUUCAGUGUGAUCCCGAUGUCCCUCCUAGCUGGUACGAUCUUCCGAAGGACUUGCAAUUUCAAGUUUUUCUCUCGCAUCCAGAUCCGAAGUACGAUGCAGCAAUCAGAUCGUUGGGUCUCCGAUGGUUUGCUCAGCCUUUUGUCAGCGAUAAAGCAAUCGAGAUUGGCGGUAUUGUUUAUCAAUGUGUUCCCUUCAGUGGCUGGUUUAUGCAAACGGAAGUGGGCAGAAAUCUGUGCGAUCUACAACGUUACAACUUCAUUCCAAAGUUAGCCAACUUGUUAAAUCUCGAUGUAACGGCGGCGGCCAACAGUCAGUUGAAUAUUGAUCGAAUAUAUGUGGAGAUUAACGCGGCCGUCCUCUAUUCGUUCGAGCAAGCAAAAGUGGCCAUUGUUGAUCAUCACACAGCCGCCACUGGCUUCAUGAAAUUUCUGGAUCAAGAAGUCAAGCAACGAGGCAAUACACCGGCCGAUUGGAUCUGGCUUGUGCCACCCAUCAGUGGUGGAAUGAGCACUUUAUUUCAUCAAGAAAUGCUGAACUACGUCGUCAAACCCCGCGUGUUAGAUCAACGUGAUCCAUGGACAUAUUAUGCACCAUUUCAGCGAAAGAAGCCGGCUCUGAAAAUGUCACUAACCAACACACGUCAUCGGUGGUUGAUAGUACGCGCUGGGUGUACCAUUAUUGGUUUUGCAUUAAGAGCGGUGAGAAAACGAGUAUUUGUUAACGUUCUCUAUGCAUCUGCAAGCGGAACAGCUCAAUCCUAUGCCGAACAAAUGAUAAAACGGCUGAUGACUGCCGGCUACAAUGCAAAACUGAUGGAACUAGAUUCGUAUUCAUUUGAACAACCAUCCACGCAGAGUCGAUCCAUUGUUUUCAUUAUUACAUCCACAUUCGGCCAAGGAAAUGCACCAGACGGUGGACAAAUGGUGGAAGAAUGGCUACAAGAAGAAACAAACGAGGAUGACACCAGCAACAACAAUGAUAAGAGACAUAGUAUGCAGAUGCAUGCUGACAGUAGAUCGACUAAAACAGGGAAAGUUUCAUUGAAACGGUACACGUACGCUGUCUGCGCUAUUGGUUCUUCGGCAUAUCCGUUUUUCUGUGGAUUUGGCAAAUUAGUAGACCGGGCAUUUCAACAACUUGGUGGCCAGCGUCUUGUUCCGUUUGCCACUUGUGAUGCGCUCAAUCAACAAUACAAAAGUUAUACUGAAUGGGAAGAAACCACCAUUAUAGCCUUGAAAAAAAUGUAUCCACACACUGGUACGGUAAUUCAUCCUGCGCGAUCCACUUCGAUACCCCGGCCUCCUUCUCUUCAACGCGCAACUUCGUACGUGGAGCAACAAGUCAACAUCAAUAUCUCUGUUCGACCUACCUACAUUCCGUUAAAAUUUCAUCCAGACAGUGAUGAAAUAAGCCGAUCAGAACAAGUCGGACCCUUCACAAAAGACAAUCCAUUCAGUGCCACUGUGAUACAAAACAUUGAAUUGACGGGCGCUAAUAAUAUUAUUGGUGAUCCUUUGCCACAGGAAUCUCAACCACUAGCUUCGCUACCGUCGGCUGCUUCAGCACACAGCAAAAAGCUUCCGAUUCCGUCUCACUUUACAAAUGUCAACAACGAUGAGUAUCGUUCUGUUCGUUUACUAAUACUUGAUUCAACUGGCUUGACUUAUUAUCCUGGUGAUCAUGUGUGCAUUCUACCUGAAAAUACAUUAGCAAAUGUGAAUGGCGUCAUUCUGGCGUGCGGAUGGCAGCUAGGAAACAAACUUCUGAAUGAAUCCUGCUCGUUAGAAUCCUUUACAAAUGGCAAAUAUAAAACCUUGCGUCAAAUAUUGACACAUUUCGUUGAUUUAACUACCACACCACGACCACAUACGCUGAAUACCUUUGCUACGUAUGCUACGGAUCCAAGCCAACAAAGGCAAAUAUUAGAAUUAGGAAAAGGUGGACAACGGUAUAUGGACUGGCUCGUCAAUUUGCCAACAGUGAAAGAAAUGCUAGAGCAGUUUCCUUCCAUUCAAAUUCCCCUUGAUGAACUGAUACAGCCAUACAUUUUAUUCCUUUUUUCUCUAUUUAUAUUUCCUUUUUUCUUGAUUUAUAUUGAUAAAAACUUAACAAUUUAUAUUGCUGAUACAUAUAAUAAUCGAAUUGUUAAAUGGAUAAAAAAUUCAGAUUACGGUAUAUUAGUUGCUGGUGGUAAUGGGGCAGGUUCUUUGAAAAAUCAAUUAUACUGGCCUAGCGGUGUUUAUGUUCAUGAAACAGAUGGUGGAACAAUAUAUAUUGCUGAUUCUAAGAAUGAGCGUAUACAGCAAUGGUUAAUAAAUUCCACUGAAGGAAGAACAAUAGCUGGAAGUGAAAGCGGCAUUUCUGGACUCCGACUAGAUCAGUUAUCUUCUCCUGUGCAAAUUAAAUUUGAUAAAGAUUUUAAUUUAUAUGUUGUUGAUAUUGAAAAUGCACGAAUACUGAAAUUCAAUUUACUACAUAAUGGUUAUGGUUGUGACUAA